AUGGCAUUUCGCUCUAUGAAAUCUUAUUCUGGGGCAAAUCCACCGUUAGCAGAGAGAAUAACAGAAGAUCCUGUAACAAAUAAAACAGCUCAGAGCACGGUCACAUGUGGCUACCAAACACAUAUUGCAGGCUAUUUGAGAAAUGUGACAGUUUUGUGGUGCAGAAAUCUUAUGAAUCAUUCUUUAUGUAUAAUGGUAUAUAGCUUGGAAGGAGAUUGUCAUUACAGCUGCAAGAUUGAUCUUAAGCCUUGGCAGUUUUGGAGCAAAAAAGGGUGCAAGUCAAUCCAUGCUGAAGGGAACCUAGUGGAGAUUUACUGGGAUCUUCGUUUGGCUAAAUUUUCCGGAGGGCCUGAACCCUAUGCGGAUUAUUAUGUUGCUCUAGUUUGGGAAGAAGAGGUUGUGUUAUUGUUGGGAGACAGCAAGAAAAAGGCCUAUAAGAGAACAAAAUCAAGACCAGCUAUAGUUGAAGCAAUACAAUACUACAAGAAAGAAAACGUUUUUGACAAGAAAAGUUUCGCAACAAGGGCUAAAUUUGAUGAGAAGAAAAGGGAACACGAGAUUGUAGUGGGGAGUUCAACAAACGGACCUAAAGAUCCGGAGAUGUGGAUUAGCAUAGAUGGGAUUGUGAUGAUUCAGGUGAAGAAUUUGCAGUGGAAAUUCAGAGGCAACCAAACUGUGUUAGUCGACAAACAGCCAGUUCAAGUUCUCUGGAAUGUACAUGAUUGGUUGUUUAGUGGCCCUGGAACGGGUCAUGGAUUGUUCAUAUUCAAGCCAAGUGCACCGGAAGUCGAAAGCGAAGGCAGCACCACCACCAGCCUAGGAUGUGACAGUGAAACCAGUAAUGGAAGCAGGUACCACACAGCUAAAACUUGGGCAGCACCUGAGUUCUGCCUGCUCCUGUAUGCAUGGAAAAUGGAAUAA